AUGGAUGAGGACUUCUCCUCGCAGAUGAAGAAGAUGGCCUUGGCUAUGGGCACGUCCCUGUCGGACAAGGACAUAGAGAUGCUGCCCACAGACAUGAGGCAUCACGGCUCCUUCAACUACCUCAAGUUCCUGGAGUACAUGCAGCAGUUCCAGGCCUCGGGGCAGCUGGACAGCGCCAUCCGCCAGGCCUUCCAGACCCUGGACAAGGACAAGAGUGGUUUCAUCGAGUGGAAUGAGAUCAAGUACAUCCUAACCACCGUUCCCAGCAGCGGGCCCACCGCCCCGCUGACAGACGAGGAGGCAGAAGCCAUGAUCCAGGCGGCCGACACGGAUGGGGACGGGAGGAUUGACUUUGAAGAAUUUUCUGAAUUGAUCAAAAAGGAGAAAGUGCCAAAGAAGAAGUAG